AUGUAUUUUGGUGGGUGUCUCCUUGCUCAAUCAUCAAUAACAACAGGGAAAAUCGGGGAUGUCCUUCAAGAACUUGUUCUUCCAAUGACUAAUGCUGUUGAGGAGGUGGUGGUGGCGCUUAGAUGGAGUGCACGUCAUGCAAUACCUCUUACCUCAUCAGAUGUAUCACUUGAUAUUGGAUCCGGUGCCGCUUCACAAAUUAUUCGUGAAGCAACUCAUCAAUUACUUAGCUCAUCACGUUCGCUAUAUUUAUCGUUCCGGACACAUCGAAAGCCUCUUCUGCUACCUCUUGCUUAUAUUAAAACAUAUAAUCGAAUUUCAUAUUCAAAUGUCACUGUUAAAUUUUAUCCGGAUACGAUACGGUUAAAAGCAAACAGUGUUAGGAUAAAUUCCAAAUCGAAUAUUACUCCAAAUAUUUGGCCAGUUAGCUUUGGAGAUGAAACAAUCGAUCUUACCAUUUAUGUGGGUGAUGUUGAAUUAGCCGUAAGAAUUGAAGAGAAAAAUGCUCGAAUGUUAUCAUGUUCGUUGCGUGAUACAACCGUUAAUGCUACAUCAAGCAAUUAUUGGAUGAUAGGGACGUUGUUAUAUAUGGCAACAAAUCCGAUCCGAUCACAUCUUCAGCAGCUUAUUUGUCCAUCUAUUUCCAACUACAUUUCGAAUAUCGAAAAUCCUGUUAUCAUGAAUGUAUCAUUAAAUGAAAUUCUGCCAACUCAUAUUCGUGAUAUUAUCAGUACGGUUGAUUCUUCCUUAUUUUAUCGUUUAACAUCAAUAACAGUGGAAGAAAAGCACAUUUUAAUUGUAACACAAAUUAAAUGGAAGCAUCCAUUUGAAAAUGAUGAAAUUUCACAUGCAAAUGUAAGUGUGAAAUGGAAUAACGAAGAUCGGAUAAUAACUUGGAUUGAUGAUACUGCACUCAAUGAUUUCCUCAAUCAGAUUGAUUGGAAUUUUCAAUGGAUGGAAGAAACGAUUGCAGUAACAAGUCCUGUGAUACCUCUUUCUUCUCGAGAAUUUCUCUCAACUCUUUGCACCUCUUGCUACUUCUUGUUAAAUGUUUGGGCUAAUGGAUCACCUAUUUUGACAGCUACAAACGGUACUGUUGUCUUGGAAAAACGUGAUAGGCUCAAUUUACGUGUGGUGAAUCCAGAUAAAAAUGUUACAUCUCUAUUUGUAUCCAUGUUUCUAUCUGUUACGGCUGAAUUACGGCCCGUUAUUGAUUCGGGUACUUUACGGACAUUAGUACAACUAUUGGACACAAAUGUAGUAAUGGAAAGUGGUGCCUUUCCUCCUUCCUGGUCAUUUUUUGUUCAGGAUCUAAUAAAAGGAAUGAUAACUGAAAUGAUGUGGCCAGAAAUGAGAAAGCAAAUUGAGGAACUGACAUACAGUGAGGGCAUUCGUUUGGCAGCAUCAUGUGGUAUUGACCCACAAAAUACGGAAAUUUUAAUUGGUGAAGGACACUUAGGCUUUUCUACAACACUUAAUUUACAGAAUUUAGAACUUCAACAGUGCCUGAAAGAUCUCAAAAGUGCUUUACCAAAUACUGCUAAAUUGUUUCCUAAAUAA